UUGAAAUUAUGAAACAGAAAGAAAACCAGCAACGGGACAUUUCUGAGAUGUUACAAAAAAUGACUAAGGACCUGAGGUGUGUGAAGACCGAGAUUGACGACAUGAGAGUGAGGGUGGACAGUGUGGACUUUGAGAGUGUGAGCUUUGAUCGUCGCCUGGAUCAGGAAGCUGCAGAGUUCAGCAAGCAGGUGGCUGAUCUACAAGAACACCUACUCUUUACUAUGGGAAGAGUUAAGGCCCUGGAGGAUGUCAGCGACACGCUGCAGCAUCAGGUGACCUCUAUAAAGAACCAGCCUCCUCCCGCUCUGACACCAACCAACACACACCUGACCCCUGAGUUCAUAGAGGCCAUGGGCAAAUGGCUCAGAGAUAGAUUGGCCCAGGAUGAGAGACAGGAUGUGAAACAGGUGGUGAAAGACUGCAGUCGUCCACUGGCUGACAAAAUGCCCAACUUCGCCCUCGAGUCCCAAGGUGGCAGCAUUGUAACCAGUCGGUGCUCUGAGACAUAUAAGACCGGUUCGGCCCGAGUGAGUUUCCUGGGGAUUCCCCUGUGGUCUCCAUCAGAGAGCCCCCGGACUGUAAUUCAGGGCCAGCUGGUGCAGCCUGGUAAGUGUUGGCCGUUCCGCGGGGCUGAGGGCUCCAUGACUGUGGCUCUGUCUCACCCUGUCCACGUCACCCACGUUACCAUGGAGCACAUCUCCACCGCCGUCUCUCCCACCGGACACAUAGACAGCGCUCCUAAGGACUUCGCCAUCUACGGCAUGACUACUAACAGUGAAGAGGGAACACUGCUCGGGACUUUCAUGUUUAACCAGGCCGGGGAUCCAAUCCAGACAUUUAAACUGCCUAACCCUAACAGUGUGUAUCGCUAUGUGGAGCUCCGUAUCCUCAGCAACUGGGGUCACCAGGACUACACAUGUGUGUAUCGCUUCCGGGUUCACGGCAAGAUGCCUUCUGCAUGA